AUGACCAAAGAAUGGCCCUGAGUGCUGGCUAUCCUGGUUAUGUCAGUUCUGAGUGUUGCUUCUGGCAUAAAAUGAUCUUCUGAAGAAGCGGCUAAUGCAGAUCCUACUUCUGGAAGUCAGACAGUGUAUUCUUACAGACAUGUAGGGACAAAAUACUCGUUCAUUAUGGGAAUGAAGUACAGUGGAACUUCCAAUAUGGUUUAUAUCUAUGAAUGGGCUUCCAUGAACGGAACUGUAGUGGCUGGUGCAGCAGCAAUCAUUUCAAAAUAUGAUCCAACCACAAACACUUUUGGCUUUAGCAAAGCUAUCGGAACUGUUCUCAAAAACCAAGAAAAUUCUUUUGUUCUCGUUGAGGGAUCCCCAGAUUAUAUAUAUCUUGCAGCUCAAUUAGAUGGAGGAGUAGAUGGAACUAUAGCUAUAAUAAAAAUGGAUGGAGAUACAUCCUCUCUCACGAUUUAUGAUGCUUAUUGGAGUUCAUCACUAAAUUCAUUGAUAAAACUCGAGGUUGAUCCUUCAAACUCGAAUGUAUUUCACUUACUUACAAAUAACCUAAAUGUGUGAAAAAUAACAUUUACUCCUCCUUCACCUCCUUCAGCCCCAACUCUCCAGUGAGUAGCAAUCUCAGGUCUUGCUAGUGGAUCAACUUAUAUGAAUAAAGUCAGUGGAAAUUCCUACUUUCUCUAUUCAUUCUAUAGUUAUGAUAUGAGAUUUAUCAAAUUCGACAUCACAACAGCCUCAGCAGUUGCAUCAGCCCUCGACAAAAACGAAACCACCCUAAACUGCCCUGUUUCCUCUUGCUACUACUACUACAGUCCCAGCUACUACGAUAGCUCCAAUAGCAAGAUUUAUAUCUUUUUCCCAUAUGGAUACUACUGGGAUUCUUACUUUAUUAUUUUUGAUGAAACGAAUCUUGCAGUGGAUCAGAUGAGAUACAGUAGCAGACAUAUACAUAGGCCAAGAGAUAUCACAAAAUACACUACUCCAACAGGAGUUGAAAAAUUGAUCAUAGCAGUAGAUUUAGCCUCAGAAAUUGGUUUAAUGACAUAUAAUUAUACCAAUGGAGCUUUUGAGUUAAUAACCAUAACCGGAUACUUUUUCACAUCAAAGAUACAGAUAACAGGAGACCAAAUUUUCCUUUCUUCCGGGAGGAUUCCUCCAAAAAUAAUAUCCUCAGCGAUUGACUCGAUCAACAUGUUGCCUGGAUUUGAGUCAGGCCUUAAUUCUAAUCUCAGCUUUCCCAUUAUAUCAAAUGCUGCUUCAGCUAAUUUUAGUUCUACAUCAGCUAUAACAGGAGUAACAGCAAACCCAAUUCCUACAGUCAAUGUGAACGCACUUACUUACGCAACUGCAGAUUUGACUCAAAUCACUAUCGAGUCUUCAAUAUCCGAUCUUGUUCACAACGUUGAUAACUACACAUUCGAAAUCCCUGUUUCCACUGCAGGAGAAUUGACAUUUAACAAGACUUGUUCACUCAACAAUGUUACUGAAAUGAGAUAUGAGUUCAAGGAAGUUACAGGGGAAAGGUUCCCAAACUUUUUAGGAGAAUUUACUCAGGAAGGCAAGCUUGAAUAUAAUACCAAGGGAAAAGUUGAAGAGACUUUUAAGAAAAUAAACCCACUGGCUUAUAAGUUUAAUUAUGUUACUUACGCACAGGUUUCUUCAGGAGGAGAUGAACCUUUGGGAAUACAACUCAUAACACUUAAUAUUGUGGAGUGUAAAGUAGAGUAUUGAGAUGUUUGAACAACAGGUGAUCCAUCUAAGUGAGAUGAGUGAGAGACAGGGUAUUCUCUAGAUGCCAAUAAUGCUUGAGUUAGAGAUCCUAUGAGCGAAGACGCCAGUCUUUCCUCAACAUCAAACAAAGUGGCAUCAGGUUUUAGCACUGGAGUUGCUACUUCGACUGCAUUACUAAACCUGUCAGCCCCAACUGCUGUCUGGGCACUUGCUAAUCAGCUUCAAAUCCUCUUGACACUUGUGCUUACAGGAGCUUAUUUACCAACAAAGAUUGAAGAUUAUAUCUCUGGGCAAACCUUUGCUUCAUUUAAUUUUGAUUUUAUUCCAGUGUUUGAUAUUCCAGUUGUCAAAAUUCCGUUGGAGGCCUUAGAUUUCAACCAUACUGAUAUCAAAAUGAAAACUGUGGGAGUUGUCUCUGGAAGCUCUUUUGUCAAUAAUAUUGGAUUCCUUAUCACAAUUCUAGCAUUAAUAUUCUGCCAUAUGAUAUUGUCUUGUCUUUGAAGACUAAGACCAACUGAAGACGAAAGAUGCUGAAGGAGAUGCUAUAGAGUUACCCAUUCUAAGUUUUUAAGAACUAUGAAGUGGGGGAUCUAUAUUAGACUUCUCCUUGAAGCUUACAUGAUUCUGAUGAUUUCUUCACUUGCAGAAUUUUCAUUUAAUCGUGAAUUUUCAGGCUCCCUCUUUUCUACUCAGAAUUUAUGAAAUAUUGGGUCAGCCUUGGUUUCUCUUUGACUUAUCAUUGUUUGUAUAAUCUUCUUAUCAAAGUCGAUAUAUUAUAUCAAAAGGAAAACAAAAGAAACAGAUAGAGAUAAGCACCAUUUUAUGGAGUUUUACUCAGGACUCAAAUCUGCAAACAAAGCAAGGUUCUACAUAUGCUUCUUUAUGGUAAAGAGAACAAUUAUUGCUGUUACUGUGGUAUACUUGAAACAAGUCUUACCCCUUUGGCACACUUUGGUUGUUAUACUACUGUUACAGUUUGCAAACCAAGUUUAUUUGCACAAGGUUAGGCCUUUUGAGGAACUCCAGGAUAAUGUAAUAGAAACCUUGAAUGAAAUCUAUUUUACGUUCUUCCUAAUAGUUCAAAUCCAAUUGCAAAAAAAAGAAGACUGGGAAGAUCAAACAGCGACAAUAAUGUUGUUCAUCCUUACUUCCAAUAAUUUUAUUGUUACAAUCAUUCUACUUGUCUUUUUCUGUAUUAGCUGCAAAAGAAAAUGUAAAGCAAAGUCGAAAGAAGAGAAGAAGAAAGUAAUUGACCUUGCAAACCCAACGGGUAAUGAUGGUGUAUCUCUAAACCUCCAACAAUUACAAUCUCAAUUCAGAAUCGGAUCAAGUGUCAACUCAAUCUCUCACUUAAAACAUAGAUCUCACUUACACUUUGACUCUCAAAAAAAGCCGAAACUUUUUAACUUUAAUGCUCCUAAAAAGCUCGAUCGUGAAGAACUUUACAAAAGGAAUUUGAAUUACAAUUUGAAACACAUGAUUGAAGAGAAGAAGAAAGAGGAAGAAGACCAGUUUUAGAUAAGUUAAUAUUUGGAUGGUGGUUCAGUGAG